AUGUCAUCAUCAUCAUCAUCAUCGUCUAAUGAAAUAUUUACAAAUGAACGUAUUCGAAAACGUUUAAUACCUUAUCUUGAUAAAACACCAGAUUAUGUUGAUGAACUUUCUCAAACUAUACCAAGAUUAAAACGAUCACGACGAGCAUCUAUUCUUGUUCCUCUUUAUUGUAAUCAAAUAACAAAUAAAAUAGAAGUUCUACUUAUGAAACGAUCAGAAAAAAUGCGAUCACAUACAGGAAUGAUUGCUUUUCCUGGUGGAAUGGUUGAUCUAACUGAUCGUGAUUCAAUUCAUACAGCUCAACGUGAAGCUGAAGAAGAAAUAGGUCUUGAACCACAUCAAUAUUCAAUAGUUGGUUGUCUUCUUCCAAUAACGGAUUCUCGUCUUGUUAUAAUAACACCUGUUGUUGCUUUACUUCAUUCACCAAAAUUUGUUGAUUUUCGUUUAGAUGUUAAUGAAGCAUCAGAUGCAUUUUAUGUUGAUCUUGAACAAUUUCUUUUUGGAAAUGAAAAUUAUAAAAUGUUAGAAGUUGGAGAUGAUUUUGUAACACAUCAUUUUAAUAUUAAUAAAUAUCAUAUAUGGGGUGUUACUGCUUAUCAAUUAAUAUUAAUAGCAACAUUAAUUUAUCAACGUACACCACAAUUUCCAGUUUUUCGUCAUGAACAAUAUUUAAAUUUACAACAGAUAAAACAACAACAAAUGGAUUUUUUUCGAUUAUGUGUUGAUUAUCGAAAUAGAGACAAAAUAAAAGAAAAUAAUAAAGAAAAAAGUCGUUUAUAA